CCCAGAAAUCCGGAUUUUAAAAAGAUUCCCAGGUGAUUCUAAUGUGCAGCCAAGGUUGAGAACCACUGCCCAACAUCCUUUGUCUUAAGCUAAAGAUGGUAUUUAAGGUGAUGGUUUCAGGCAUUCUGGUGAGUUACUCAGUUUCCCUGGGUAACUCCUAGCUCCCAAGUAUGCAUGUUAUCAAAUGUUUUCUCUUGUUAAUGUGUCUCUUAUUAAAGAAAUGUCUCAGCCAAGAGUCCAGAGGGUAGAGGGAAAAUUAUUUUUCCUUCCCUACAGAGCUAUAAGCUAUACUAACCCUAGGUGAGUAGUAGGCUAUACCAUAUAGGUUUGUGCAACUAAAUUCUAUGAUAUUUCCAUAACGACGAGAUAGCUAACAACCCAUUUUUCAGAAUGUAUCCCUGUUGUUAAGUGACACAUGAUUGUACUUAGUUUCCCUGUGGAGCAAAAGCGUCACUGCCCUCUUGCUUUUCAUAGGUAAUCUGCUUUUCUCAGGGAAGUUCUUUCUUAGAGGGGAGGAUUGGCUGGAGGGAAGGGACAUGCAGAGAAGGGCAGAAAUCCUAAUAAUGUUAUUAACUGCUACCUUUCAUUGAGUGCUUAUGUGCCAAGCACUGAUCUAAGUUUUUAUCACAUAUUUCAUUUAGUCUCAAUGGGUGAGUACAAUGUGAGCCCCAUUUUGCAGAUGAGGAAACUAAGGCAAGAGAACUUUAGUUAACUUGCCCAAAUUUAUACAGCUAAAAAAAUAGGAUCUCAGCCAGGAUUCUGAGAUCCAAAGCCAGACUUUCUGAUUCCAACACUGGCUUGUGCCUCUUAUUCAUCGAAGGAGGGGCAGAGUGAGAGAAAAACAUUGAUUUGUUGUUCCACUUAUAAAUACAUUCAUUGUACAGGCCAUAUAACAUUUUCCACAACAACCCUGAGAAUGGCUUCCCCCAUUAAGUGUCAGGCACUGGGAUCUAAUUAGUUACAUAUGUUAUCCAUAACAUUUUCCACAACAACUCUAAGAGUAGCUUGCUUUCUUCCCCAUUUUACAGGUGGGAAAAUUGGAGCCCAGAGGUAGCUUGCCCAAUAUCACACCCCAGAGCUAUUUGAGCUUGUAGCCCACAACUUGACUCACAAAGUAGCUGAAGAAAAUGCGGCAUGACCCCAGAUUCUAGAAGGCAAGGCUGGCUUUAUAAUCUGAAAGGUCCACCAGGCAAUAAGAUGGGGGGCAGUGAAUAUACUCAACCCCUACCCCCUACUGCCACCAUUACACACACACUCCCCUUUGGCAGACAGGUAGGAUUAUGGAGCUCAAUAUGCUGUCAGCUGGCUGGCCACUCCAGUAUAAAGCUCAUAAAAUGUAAAUGUAUUAGCUGGGGCAGAAAGUGGGGAGGGGUAGAAGGAAAUCAUUCACUGGGGAAUGCAUUUCUCAGAUCAGCUAGGCCAGUGGUUCUCAACCUUCUGGCCCUUUAAAUACAGUUCCUCAUGUUGUGACCCAACCAUAAAAUUAUUUUCGUUGCUACUUCCUAACUGUAAUGUUGCUACUGUUAUGAAUCGUAAUGUAAAUACCUGAUAUGCAGGAUGGUCUUAGGUGACCCCUGUGAAAGGGUCGUUCGACCACCAAAGGGGUCGCGACCCACAGGUUGAGAACCGCUGAGCUAGGCAGUAUCAGGGGAGGGGUCUCCAAACUGAGUGACCUGAGAGAGGAUCUGCCCCCUAAGUGAAGCUAUGGCCAGUAGCUGGAAAGGGGAAGCUCGGGUCCAGCAGGAGAGGAGGAAGGCCUCCCAUUUGCUAAAGCCGGGGUGUGCCAGGUCCCACCCUCAGAGGCGGGGCCAGGCUAAGCCCUGUGGCCCACAGUUCCAUCCUCCCAGAACUCAGGCAGGAGCAGAGCUGGGGCAGCUACGAGCCUGGGGCCCUGCUAUCCCAGAGUGGAGGCACCAUGCUCUCCGCGGCCGGGACAUCAGACAUCUCCAGAGGCCCUGCAAGGUCGGCUGCAGCAGUUCCCUGACACAGGCCAGGCCAGGCUGAGGAGCACCUGUCUCCAACUGCCAUGCAUGUCGGCCGUUGCUCCAGAUUUUCCCUGUCCCCAGACCCAAGAUGACACCCAACAGCACCAGGGAGGUGCCCGGUGCUGUUCCCAUCGGAGCCUUUGGGCUCUCCCUGGUCCUGGCGAGCCUCAUCGUCGUGGCCAACCUGCUCCUGGCCGUGGGCAUUGCCGGGGACCGCCGCCUGCGUAGCCUCCCUGCUGGCUGCUUCUUCCUGAGCCUGCUGCUCGCUGGGCUGCUCACGGGGCUGGCACUUCCCACACUGCCAGGCCUGUGGAGCCAGAGCCGCCGAGGCUACUGGUCCUGUCUCUUCCUCUACUUAGCUCCCAACUUCUCCUUCCUCUCCCUGCUCGCCAACCUGCUGCUGGUGCACGGGGAGCGCUACAUGGCAGUGCUGCGGCCUCUCCGGGCCCCGGGGAGCACUCGCCUGGCCCUGCUCCUCACCUGGGCUGGCCCCCUGCUCUUCACCAGCCUGCCCGCGCUGGGGUGGAACCACUGGGCCCCUGGUGCCAACUGCAGCUCCCAGGCUGUCUUCCCAGCCCCCUACCUCUACCUCGAAGUCUAUGGGCUGCUGCUGCCUGCCGUGGGUGCUGCGGCCCUUCUCUCUGCCCGUGUGUUGAUCACUGCCCAUCGCCAGCUACAGGACAUCCGCCGGCAGGAACGGGCAGUGUGCCGCGGGGUGCCCUCGGCCCUGGCCCGGGCCCUUACCUGGAGGCAAGCAAGGGCACAGGCUGGAGCCACACUGCUCUUUGGGCUGUGCUGGGGACCCUACGUGGCCACCUUGCUCCUCUCAGUGCUGGCCUAUGAGCAGCGCCCACCGCUGGGGCCUGGAACUCUGUUGUCCCUUGUUUCACUGGGCAGUGCCAGUGCAGCGGCAGUGCCUGUGGCCAUGGGGCUGAGUGAUCAGCGCUACACAGCUCCCUGGAGGGCAGCUGCCCGAAGAUGGCGCCGGGUGCUGCGGGGAAGAGCCUCCCGGAGCAGUCCUGGCCCCGGCACUGCCUACUGCACCAGCAGCCAAAGCAGCAUGGACCUGGACUUGAACUAGGGGAAGGGCCUCCGCUUACUCCUACUAGAAGCAUCCAUCCAUCUCAGCCACACCUGUCUCCACUUGUCCGCACACCCCAGGAUCAGAGACCCUGCCCUUUUUUAUUGGUGGAAUAAAGCUCCUCUGGCCGA